ACUGGGUCGCUGGCUUAAACUCAGUCAGCGUUGGCUCCCUGAACCGUGAGAACGUCUCGACGAACACCUGAAGAACGCGUUCGCCGGCGAUUCGCGGCGAGCUCAGUCGUCUUCGAGAACGUCGAACCGCUAGUGCGCCGCUCACGCGUCUCCCUUGGUGUUUCCUAUCGCGUACUCGAACCCUAGCGUGAACUCAGUGGAUAAUUACAUUCAAGAUGCCUUAUUACGGGGAUGGUCUGCCAUAUUACUAUGGGGGAGCCUUUGCGAAUCAUAGUUCUCUGAUGACUGGUGCUCCACGCGCCUUUCACACACCGUUGUCGCGGUUCUCUCCCCAUCUAUCGACGAUCUCCGAGUCACCGUUGUCUACCCUGCGUCGUUACUCCCCCGUUUCGGUGCCUACCCGACCCCGACGCGUGAUCGACACCGCGGACAUCGACGUUUCUACGCCAAGAACUAUCCAUUCUCAAGAUGGGAACCGGAGGAAUCGGCUGCGCCGCGAUCGACCGACUAUCAAGAUCAGGUCACAAGCUCUGAAGGAUAACCCGGCUCUACGCGAGCACAACGAACGACACGAGAAAUCGGUGGGCGAGUUGUUGGUCGAGAAGUUCUUGAUCAAGGAUAAAAAGCUGGAAGAGGCAGAGAAAGGUCUGCACCUGAUCCACCAGGUCAGUUUGGACCGCGGCGAGGACGACGAGGAGCUGCAGCAAAUGAAGAACAAGAUAACCAGACGAUUCACGAGAAGGAGGUCCUCCGCGGACAUUCAAUUAGAUCCCGAACAGUUGGAGAGAGAGGUUGCCUAUGCUCAGGUGCAGGCUAAAGUGCUGGACACUUUGGUGGCGGAGGAACAAGCCGAGAUCGAGAACGAGGUUCGUAGAGGGACUCUGAUAAAAAAAAGCAAUACCGGAGGACCUAGAACCGUUCCUGGCUUCUUCAGGAACGUGGACGGGGACUCCGCGUCUCAGGGAGAGGAGGAAGCCGCCGCGCAGAAGAUGAGAAAGACGCUGAAGAAGCUUAAAAAAAAGAAGAAAACGACCGAGAAACCUUCGCCGCCUGACGACGAGGAUAAAUCAAGAGUACGAAGGUCGAGCACCUCCAGCGACGUCUCUGUAGAGCUACAAACGGACGAAAAGAGCGACAAGGAAACGCGCAAGCACAAGAAACCCCAGAUGUUCAAGGUCGAAGCUAGUAACAGUGUCGGCGACUUCUCGACCAUUUGGGUGAACAGUGGCGAUGCCGGCAACGUGAUCGUGGAACAGUUCCGUGAGAGCGUGAGAAUUCCUGUGCCUAGAAAAAUGGGGAUUCGUAAGAUUGGCAGGGAAAGCGUGGACGAAGAGUCGGAAACUGAAGUUGUGUUACCUGUGAAGAGACCGUACGUGAAGGAUACCUCGAGGAACAGCGUGCACUUCACUGUGAGGACACCGCCUGAGAAGCUGAAGGAUCCUUUGAAGGAGCUCAGACCCACGGAGAACGGAGUAGAACCUAAACAAGAGAAAGAGCCUUUCAGAAAUGAAAAUAUUUUAGAGAAAAAAGAAGACAUUGUUCCCUCAAAGUCGGAGAAAGAAGACACGAAAAAGAGCUUCACUCCUAAGAGUCCUGACGCUACCACGCUGAAGAAAGAAAAGACUCAAAAGGGUUUUGAAAGUCCUAAAUUGAAGAAUACUGACCCAUUAAAGAAGGAGGUUCCCGAGUCGCCCAAAUCUCCUACUACACCCACGUUAAAGAAAGAAGAGAAGAAAGGUUUCGUAAUCCCCAAGUUGAAGAACACUGACCUACCCAAGGAGGUUCCCGAAUCACCUAAGUCUCCCCUCAGUCCUACGUUGAAGAAGGAAUCUUCGAAAAGUCCUGUGAUUUCUAAAUUUAACAAAACUGGACCACUGGAGAAGAAGGUACCCGAGUCUCCCAAGUCUCCAGAUGCUCCAACGUCGAAGAAAGAACCGUCCACAACUGGAAAACCCGGCGAAGAGGUCUCGAAAGUGGUCGAAGAGAACACGGUAUUAGGUGUUGACCCGUUGGCGAAUGAAAACAGCGCCAGUGCAGCGCUUCCAUCGGCCGCGGACAGGCUGCCAAAAGCGUCUAAAAUUAAUACGGAUGAAAAUAAUGCCGUAGAAGCGCCAAAGCGUUCGUUACGAGAGGCGGAGUACCUGGCAAAGCCGACGAAAAUCGAGCGUGACGAGGACGUUGCUUAUCCGUUACCGGGAAAGAAGGUGGACAAAGCCGUGACCUUGACGAGCGUCUCCACGUCGAAUGCCUCUGGUGCACCGAUCAAUUCGGACCAACUAAAACCAUCGAACAGAGAGGAUCGAUUAGAAAAUACCGUCAUCGAUGAUGCAACCACGAAGCUCGUGACAAAGACGACCUUGUUAGACGGUACAAAGAGCGAGGCGCAGAAGAAAAAUUCAGGAAGUGCUGAGAAAAAAGCGUUGGUAGAGGAUGUUAAGGGCAGCAAGGCGAAGCAGUCCAGCCUGGAGAAGCUCCAAAAAACAGGUGACGAAGAGAGUUCAAAAAUCCCAGUCAAAGUGACCUCGAAGAAGGAGGAGGAUUCCUGGAAACGAACAAAGACUGAAAGUAACAAAAAGUCGAUAUUAAAGGACAAUUUACAAAAUACCUCCAAGACUGAAGCGCAGGCUAAGGAAUCGAAGAUCCCGUGGAGGAACAAGGUGACCAAGGCUGCACCUGGUGAUAGUGCACCUUUGAACAGAAGCGUCAGCGUCGACGUUCAACCCAGUGUUCAUGCGGAGGAUUCCAAGUCUUUGAAACAGUCCACUUCCGUGGACGAGAGUUUGAUCAACAAGAUGCCUACGGACAAACAGCACUUGUUAAAAUCCUACGAGAGUUUGAACGGAGAGAGUGGAACAUUGUCGAAGAGUACGUCAUCCGAGUCCAUAGACUUCUGGAGCGAGAUCAAAGGUCCGGACAGUCCUAAAGUGGCGAAGGUAGUUAACAGGGAGUUCAGUUUCGCUGGUUCCAAGAAUGCAGAGCCACGUCAGGCGGUCGAGGACCCCAUUGGCAAACAACUGGACAAGAAAAAAGAGACUGCUCCUAAAAUAAACGUCGCUGCACCGCUGCACGGGCUCAGUAAUAUCCCCGUAAUCGAGGAGGAGAGGAAGGCCGAGGAGGAGUCGUCGAAACUCAACGCAGAGCAGAGAAUACCGAGCUGCGAAGCGUCUCCAAUUGCCACGGAGAAGCCGGAGCCGGAAAAAGAUACCGGAACACCGAAGAAGGGGCUCAAAAAGAAGAACCUGUCUCUGGCCAUCAAUUCUGCACCAAAGGAGACCGCGAAGACUCCUUUGAACCGCGAAGAUUCGACGGCUUCGACUAUUUCCGCAAAGUCUGUGACCAGCACGCCGGAUACCUCGGUGCCCGUUUCUGAAGUCUCGACGCCGGUGUCGGAGAUUCCCGUGCCGAUAAUAAACGUCGUCGACACCCCGACGCCCACGGCGACGCCGACCAGAGCCGGAUCCCAGAUCUUGGAGGACGAAGACGAGCCCAAGACGCCGACCAACGAGUGGCAAGACGACGACCUUCCUAAGAUCUCCAAGUGGAACAACCACAACGACCUGUCCAACGUGGACCAAGCGGACGUUACUCCUGUUCCCUCCAAGGACGCCAGUGUCGCGUGUAGUCCGGAGAACAGCCCCGACUCGUCUAAAAAGAAAAAGAUAGUCAGAAAGAAGAAGUCUUCGACGACCAAGAGCUCCACGAAGAAGAGCUCCACAAAGAAAGAGACGCCGAAGGAGAGUAAAAGGUCGAAGAAGGCCUCGUCCAAGACGCAGGACAACCUGAAGCCGUCGGAGCCCGUCGCUAAGACCAGCCCCAAGAACUCGCCCGCCGCACGACCGAUCGACCUCAUCAGGAUGUUCUACACGACACCCAUGGCGCUGCUGACCGCGACGCCCAGGGACCUCUCCAAGGUUCGUCGAGCCAAGAUCAAGAGGAAGAAACAUCACUCGAGAACGCCGUCCAUGAGCAGCGACAGUACCGGAAGCACAACCAGCACAGCCACCACGGAAAGCAGUGGAUCCACCUGCGCGGAACUCGACGACGAUCCGGAGCACAAGAGGAUGAACUCUACGAGGAGCAACGACUCCGGCUUCGACGGCUCGCCGAGGAUAUCGAAUUGUGACAUGGCUUGCCACAAGAAAUGCGAGAAACUGACUGGCAAUCUUUGUGGAUUGAAUCAAAAACUCGUGGCAGAAGCUUUACAAGCGCUCAAGAGGGCACCCUCGCAGUCGUCGGACACCCAGAGGAACUCGGAUUCGUCGGACCACUUCCCCAGCGGGCGAAUAACGCCGCCAGCGACUAACCUGCCAAGAUUUAAGAAGUACGCCGUGACGGACUUUAAUUUUCUGAAAGUCCUAGGAAAAGGCAGUUUUGGCAAGGUGCUGUUGGCCGAGCUGCGUGGCACGGAGUGCGUGUAUGCCGUGAAAUGCCUGAAGAAAGACGUGGUGUUAGAGGACGAUGACGUAGAGUGCACCCUGAUCGAGAGGAAAGUGCUGACCCUGGCUACCAGGCAUCCCUACCUCUGCCAUCUGUUCUGCACCUUCCAAACGGACUCUCACCUGUUCUUCGUGAUGGAGUACCUGAACGGCGGUGACUUAAUGUUUCACAUUCAGAAAUCUGGCCGCUUCGCGGAGUCCAGGGCUCGCUUCUACGCCGCUGAGAUCUGGUCUGGAUUAAAUUUCUUGCACAAGAAGGGUAUAGUGUACAGAGACUUGAAGCUGGACAAUGUGUUGUUGGACUUUGAGGGUCAUAUCAGAAUAGCUGAUUUUGGCAUGUGCAAGCUGCAGAUCUUCCUCGACAGAACCGCCGACACCUUCUGUGGCACUCCUGAUUAUAUGGCUCCUGAGAUCAUAAAGGGACUAAAAUACAAUCAGGCGGUGGAUUGGUGGUCGUACGGCGUGCUUCUGUACGAGAUGCUCACGGGACAGUCGCCAUUCUCCGGCUGCGACGAGGACGAGCUAUUUUGGAGUAUAUGUAACGAAAGACCGUUCAUACCGCGCUACCUGAGCCAAGAAGCCGCAGACAUACUGAUCUGUCUUCUAGAAAAGGAUUCAGGGAAGAGGCUACCUGGACACGAGAUCGCGUUGCACUCCUUCUUUCAAUCACUGCCGUGGGAUCGACUAGAAAGGAGGCAGCUAGAGCCACCGUUCAGGCCAGCCCUAGACCACACUCUAGACACCAAGUACUUCGACACGGCUUUCACAGCAGAAAGGCCACGAUUGACCCCGGUACCUGAGCAGAUCCUGACCUCGAUGGACCAGGGUGUCUUCCGUGGAUUCUCCUACACGAAUCCAAACGCAACAGACUGAACGAGCUAGUAGGGACAAGCGGCAGUCCAACUUCAGCUUCGCGUUGAUCGUCAACGCUCUGUUACAAUGACGGUACUCAUGGUACCGUAGUCUGAGAGCUACGGAAAAGGGGGUACCCUUGUUCCGAGGGGAAUCGAGCUGACGAGUCUUCUGGAACGAUCGAGAUUCGGAAAGAUGGCAAGGAGAAGCUCUACGGGAUCCACCGAUGUUCCUGAUCAGCCGUCCCGAGUCAGGCUUCCAGCGAUUACUAGGUUUUUAUAAAACGAAGGCCACGCUGCAUCGAUAGAACACUUAGAUUAGUCUUCCGUGGAAUGAACGAGAUUCCAGCGUGCCUUCUCGUUCGACUUUAGGUGCGAUUGGUCAUACUCUGUAUUUUCCCUCGUUUUUUUAAGCCCUUUUCUUCGACCAGGUGUCGCGAGAUGAGAAUCCUGACGCUGGCUGUACAAUGAUGUUUCAAAUAAAUAAAAUGGACAACAGGCUAGAUGAAUUAUUCCAAAUGAUAGCCAGUAUGGAUAUUGUGUUCCAGCGAGAAAACGGCGCGACCAAAGAAACCGGAAGACGCUCGAGUUCAAUCUCAAAGACGCGUAACUACUCGAUAUUCCCGCGUUUAUUCUAAACGUCUAGCGUUACACCGUCCAGGUUAUUAAUACACGAAGUGGCUCAUUAUUUUGGCAGAGAUAGACACCGUCUCGAGCGUUUUCUACCCGCAGAUCAAACCUCCCGCUCUUCCGGCCCUUUUUUACCCCCUGAUGAUCGGUCUUUCUUUUCUUUUUACUCGACUUUCUUCCGUUCGCCUUACACCUUCCAUCUCCUGACCCGUUUUUCUCUUUUUUAUCGUCUUUUCUUAAUUCCUUCUCUUUCUAUUUCCAUCUACUCUCAGCGUCUCGCUCGCCCCUCUGUCCGUUUUCUUCCGUUCCUUCUUCCUCACACUUGCCUCCGCGCUGACUGUACGCUAACUUUAGCACGCAGUGGAAUUGGCAAACCACCACGUUUGCUAGUUUCAAAGUGCAGGUUCGAAAGUUGUCAUAUAUCUGCUGUCCAGGUGACUCUCUGGAAUAGUAGCUAAUUUUUAGUUGCUGUCAUUCGAGAUUCUUAAUAAUAUGUUUCAAAUAAAAUCAUAACUAGCUAAGAACUGAAUACCUUUGCAGUUGAAGGAAGCUCAAAGUUAACUGACAUCAUUAAAACCUGAAAAAGAGAGCACAAUUAAAGCAAUCUUUGUCAAUAAAAUUUGAUAAAAAUUAAAGACCGAAUUUUUUACAUUGUACGACCCUGAGAUCAGGUCUGUUAGACCCUGUUACAAGCUACGGAAGAACCAGAGUAAAAACGCCUCAACACGGAAAGAGAUAAAAGCGGUUAAUGAACCGAUUAACUUGUCUAAUUGAUUUAAUUGAAUCAUUCCGACACGCUUGGUAAAUGGCCGCAUCUCUAGAAUGUCUGAGACAAAGACUGUCUUCAAAUUAAUUUCCAAAACAUUGGUCUACAAUAAAACUAAAAGCACAUGUUAAACACGAACGCAAGAUCAAAGGAGGAAAAAUGAUAAAAGGUGCUCGCCACCGUUUCUGCGAAACGGAGAUCAAAUCAAUCGGCGGAAGAGAGCGGGAAACUGAAUCGAGAAGCUAAACAGCUGGAAAUUGAAGCGAAGAAAGAUUUAGAGAGAGAAGUUGUAGGAAGAGGUUGCAAAAACCGACUGCUCGAGAGGAUCGGUCAAUGGACCCUGAUUCCGCGUCUUUUUGCUUUCCGUUGCUUCACUAUACUAUUACAAAUAGAUUUUUUAUCUAUUCUCUUCUGAGUAGUCUCUUCGAAGAUCGAGUAGUUUUUAAGUGUAGCGAUUCUGUAUUAAAUAUUUUCUACGUGUA